AUGGUUCUUUCGCACAACAAAAUCAAGCCACCUGACAAAAGUGGCACUCAAGCUAUUUCAUCACCUCAAAUGAAUUCCUCUCAACGUUCUAUUCCGCCCCAACCUGUUUUGUACUCUAGAGUACAUAACAAUCGCAGUAAAGUUCAGGAAAGUUUACUCUCUUGUCCUCCGGAAAAGUUCAGCUCCCGAUCUUCUACAUCUCAUGGAGAUCCAGAUGACAUGGAUCCCAUCGUUAUUGAAACCGUUUACUGGGGAGUAUCUCAGUCCCCUGGUUCUUUAUUUUUCGACGUUACUUGUCGCAAGGAAUCCGACAAGGAUCUCUACAAACUGGCCUUUGAUCAGUUUGAUGAUUUUGUUGGACAAUUAGUUCAUCGUUCUGGAACAAACAGAUACUUGGAGAUCAAUUUCGAUAUUGACAGACAUCGCUCCUAUGCUUUUGAUACUGGUUUGAAGUUUGAUAAAGGCAAGAUGGUCGUUAAGCCUGCACAUGCCAUGGCACCUGGCUCCAUUUUGAAAAAAGUGAGCCUUCAACGUUUACCUUGGCUUAGACCAAAAGAGCUUCUUGCUGGCUUAACUGCCACACUCAGUAACUAUGGUGUAGUCAAGGACAAUGCCACAGGCACUUUCUUGAGUUCUGGAUACGCAGUCCUCGAUGUAUCAAAGCAAUCACUUGCUCAAGAUGAGACCCCCUUUUUGGAGCUCUCUCAUGUGAUUACCUGA